GUCAUCUGCUGAUUGGAUUCAGUGGAGAGAACCAACCAGAACAUCUGAUGGCCCGAGCUCACUCUAUGAGGCAGCUUUAUGUCUCUUUGAAGAGGUUUGUAGAAUGGCUUCUGAUUACUCAAGAACAUGUGCUAGCCCAGAUAGCAUUCAGACUGGAGAUGCUCCCAUUGUCUCUGAAACCUGUGAGGUUUAUGUUUGGGGAAGUAACAGCAGUCAUCAGUUGGUAGAAGGCACACAGGAAAAAAUACUGCAACCCAAACUAGCUCCCAGUUUCUCUGAUGCCCAGAUGAUUGAAGCUGGACAGUAUUGCACUUUCGUUAUUUCUGCGGAUGGUUCGGUCAGAGCUUGCAGUAAAGGCAGCUAUAGGAGACUGGGCCUUGGAGAUUCCAAUAAUCAGUCUACUUUAAAAAAGUUAACCUUUGAGCCUCACAGGUCCAUUAAAAAGGUUUCAUCUUCUAAAGGCUCUGAUGGUCACACUUUAGCUUUUACGACAGAAGGAGAAGUCUUCAGCUGGGGAGAUGGUGACUAUGGGAAACUAGGACAUGGAAAUAGUUCAACCCAGAAAUACCCCAAGCUUAUUCAGGGGCCUCUUCAGGGAAAGGUAGUUGUUCGUGUGUCAGCUGGAUACCGGCACAGUGCUGCUGUUGCAGAGGAUGGUGAAUUAUAUACAUGGGGUGAAGGGGACUUUGGAAGAUUAGGUCAUGGUGAUAGCAAUAGCCGAAACAUUCCAACGUUAGUAAAAGACAUUAGCAAUGUUGGAGAGGUUUCUUGUGGCAGUUCACAUACUAUUGCUCUGUCUAAAGAUGGAAGAACUGUGUGGUCUUUUGGAGGAGGAGACAAUGGUAAGCUUGGCCAUGGUGACACCAACAGAGUGUAUAAACCUAAAGUUAUUGAAGCUUUACAAGGAAUGUUCAUUCGCAAAGUUUGUGCUGGGAGCCAGUCUUCACUUGCUUUGACAUCCACAGGGCAGGUCUAUGCUUGGGGAUGUGGGGUUUGUUUAGGUUGUGGUUCUUCAGAGGCCACUGCUUUGAGACCCAAGCUAAUUGAAGAACUGGCUGCCACUCGAAUAGUUGAUAUUUCUAUUGGAGACAGUCAUUGUUUGGCUCUUUCUCAUGAUAAUGAAGUUUAUGCCUGGGGCAAUAACUCAGUGGGACACUGUGGCCAAGGAAAUUCCACAGGUCCUAUCACUAAACCAAAGAAAGUGAGUGGCUUAGACGGCAUAGCUAUUCAGCAGAUUUCAGCUGGAACAUCACGUAGUCUGGCAUGGACUGCUCUCCCUCGGGACAGACAAGUUGUUGCAUGGCACCGACCUUACUGUGUAGAUCUUGAAGAGAGUACCUUCUCGCACCUGCGUUCCUUUCUUGAGAGAUACUGUGAUAAAAUAAACAGUGAGAUUCCCCCCCCCGCCUUUCCCUUCAUCAAGAGAAUGGAUGGAGUUACUUCAUUCUCUUUUACCCCAAGGCCUGAUAGAUGGGAAAGCUUAUCUAAAGGACAGAGAAUGCAACUGGACAUCAUUCUGACAAGUUUGCAGGAUCAUACACAUGUCGCCUCCCUACUUGGCUAUAGCUCGCCCUCUGAUGCCACUGACCUCUCUGCUGUGUGCACUGGCUAUGGAAACCUGUCAGAUCAGCCCUAUGGCACUCAGAGCUGCCAUCCCGACACCCAUCUGGCUGAGAUUUUGAUGAAAACUCUCUUAAGAAAUUUAGGAUUUUAUACAGAUCAAGCAUUUGGAGAGCUAGAAAAGAAUAGUGAUAAAUUUCUACUUGGAACAUCAUCAUCAGAGAACAGUCAGCCUGCUCAUCUUCAUGAACUGCUGUGUUCAUUACAGAAACGGCUACUGGCGUUUUGCCAUAUUAAUAACAUUAGCGAACUCCUGCCAGCUGCUGCUCUUCUAGAAGACCAAGAGUUACAGGCCUCUUCAUGGUUCAAAAUGAUUGCAAAGUGA